AUCUCUCUCUCUCUCUAUUAUAUACCUAUAUAGAUAUAUCUAUAUCUCAACUUUCUCUCUCCAACCUCACCACCUUGCCUUUGUAAUCCUAUUCACUACCAUCCAGAUCAAAACCCCAGUUGAUUUUGUGACCUCUCUCUUGGUUUAUGCGCAGUUUUCAUCACCUUCUCAGGACCUGGUUUAUAGAAUACAAUCUUGGCUCAUGUGAAAACUUUAUUAGCUUUGCUGUAGGAAGCUAUGGUGAGCAUUCGUCGACAGAGACUGAUUAAGCUUUAUGGGCGAGGUCCUUCUCUAGAUUUUCUAUCAUGUGAAAAUGGGCAAACUUCUGGUAAUUGGGCACAGAACACCAGACAAGUUAGCAUGCAUCCAACACCUUCGGUUGACAUUGACCAAUCUAUAGAGGAGAAAGCGAAAUAUGAAGAACCCGAAUCUUCAAAUGUCAAUGAAUCGAGCUCAUCUAACAAGCAGCCAAUUCAGCAUCCAGUGUUCAAAAGGCGAAAAAGACACCGAAGAAAGCAUUUUGAGAAUCAAGAACCUUGCAUAAUGAGAGGGGUAUACUACAAAAACAUGAAAUGGCAAGCUGCCAUUAAAGUUGACAAGAAACAGAUCCAUUUAGGCACAGUUGGCUCUCAAGAAGAAGCUGCUCGGUUGUACGACAGGGCCGCUUUCAUGUGUGGUAGAGAACCCAACUUUGAGCUUACGGUUGAGGAGAAGGACGAACUCAGUAAACUGAGUUGGGACGAGUUCUUAACCAUGACUCGGUCUGCAAUCAACAGCAAAAAACAUCAGAGAAGGGUGACUUCGCGGAUGAAGUUCGAGCAUCCGUCACAGAACAACGGUGAGCGGAAAGCGAAGGUGGAUCGAGGAGGAAACAGCUUCUCGGCUUCUGAUGAUGCGGAGACAUCGGCCUCUUAAAGCUCGCAUUCGUCGGGUUUUUUUUAGUUAUUACUAUUAAUCAUAAAUUUAGCCAUUUUUAGCAAUUCUUAGGUUAUAAUGCUCAAAUGUUAUUGAAUGGUAUUUGAGGUUGGAAAUCACAUAUUCAAAUCCCCUCUGGUGCCCUAUCACAAAAUUAUAUGAUCAAAUCAUAUAAAGUCACAAAAUGUUACUUACACCAUAUCUGCCAUCCAUGAUUUCAAC